GGCCGACGUACGUCCAAAUUCAAGUCGAUUGUUUGCCAGGUCCGAUCAAUCAUCGAAUGGUUCGUUCUGCCCCCAUAUACAUUGGGGUCUGGCAUUUCUAAGCAAUUGAGCUGCCGACCAUCACCAACCUAUUCCGGUAGCGACGAUCAGUGUUGGUUGCGUGAUACGCUCGACCUGUCAUCAACGCUCAAUGGCUACAGAGCAGGCAAGCCAGUAAUUUCCUGGUUUAAUCUCGUACAGCCCCGAACCUGCACAUUCUUGAAUCUGCAGCAACUCAAACCACGCAAUCCAUGAUUGUCUACGUGCGGCCAAGCUCACACAGCUACCCCGCAGGUGAGGAAAGGCAAAGGCGCAACGAUGGGCCCGCCAGCUUUGGAGCAGCUCUUCACGCUACCCUUUGCCCUCCAUCUAACGCCACUGCCGACGCUUGAAUACGUCGUCGAAAGCAAGGGGGAUGAUACUGCGCGUCGAGCUCGACGGCGAAAUCGACGGGAGCUUAAGGAGGCGCUACGAGUUGCAGCCGCUCAAUCUGGCUCUUCCUCUGCAGCAACGGCGGUGGCAGCAGAAGGUAGUGGCGCACGCAGGAGCUCAGCAGCGUCGAUUUUCUCGCCAUCGCCCCUACUCAAUAAGCUCGUGCGCACCAGGUCCCCUUCGACGCAAGUCUCGCCCCCACCGGCAGGAGGGACGGGGCAGAAUGACAGCGGAUUGUUGGCCGGGCUGAGGAGGGGCAGCUCGUCGUUGUUUGGCAAUGGACCGAACUGCGGUGCUGAUGUGAUCUCUGUUCGCGAAGCCAAUAACAUUGCUACUGGGAGAAAUGCUGGCAACGUCUGUAUCUCUGACAACGACAACCCCAAUGCGGAUGACGAGUACGAGUACGAGGAAAAUGAUUAUGACUCAGACGAAGACAAGAUUUCGUCAGAGGAUGCGUCCACCCGUUCCUCCCUCGAGCGCUGCAACAAAUCAGCCAGCUCUUCAUUUGACUUGGCCGGCGGCGCCUCUCGUCUGCGGCCAGUGACAACCAAGUAUGCGCCGCAUUCGCUCGACACAAUUAGUGUCUUGCUCGAGCAGACGGACCUGUUCAGCAGCAUCGAAGCGCUCAGCAAAGCGAUGCGCAUGCUGGAUCGGGCUUCGAUCACCAGGCGAAGAAGCAAAGACCCGUCGAACACUGCCAAUGCAUACGUCGCGAUGGGCGUUCCGCUGGACGGAAUGCCAUCAGGCGACGCAGUCAACCGCGAUGAAGCUUUUGCACAUGCAUUUGCCGCAUCCGCCGAUGUAGCUGCAGCGAGCAGCAACCGGCGCAUGCCGAUCGAUGAGAUGGACCCAGAAGAAGAAGGACUCGAGAAAGACAUUGCAUUUACGACUUUGCGCACCUUCUUCAAUACUCGCUUCAACGUCACGUACAACGGCGAGCGGCGCGAUCCGGCCAAGCCUCUGUACGCGCGACUCGGCAGCGGCAGCGCGAAGCAAGGAGAACCUGACGGAAGCGUUGGCAUCUGUGCGCAUACACGUGCUGCGUACGCAAGUAAACAGGAACAGGGAUCAGAAUUGCUGUCUUCAGGUGGCAAGGGUGAUGACGAAGGAGCCGAGAACAGGCCUCUCACUGCUCUGCGGCGCACUUUCUCACCGACGCGCAUCAUGAGUUUCCCCAGUUCGAACGGCCAAGCGGAGGUCACGAUUUCUGCGUCUGGGAUUGUACAGGGAGGCACGCCGCUAUGUCCGGAGGGCGUCUCCCCUGAUGCUAAGGACAACAAUAGCAAUGGUAAUACCUUUGCGCGCUUGGGAGAUGCAUUCAAGCGAGCAAGGAGCAUGUCGCACACCAGCGCUGCUGCGGGAGAAGUAGGUGUUGGGACCACCCGCGGCGGUGGAACAAUACGAGGCGGCUCGCGUGCAAGCAAAGCGAAGUCAUUAAGCAAGCGCAAGCAAAUGCAGCAGCAGCAACAGCAGCAGGAUGCAAGAUUGGCAUUCGCACAGGCCCAGGAGGCACCACACCCCAUCCGCGUGUUCACUGCUUGGAAUGACGGCCGUUCUUGCGGUGCAGAGAAGCGCAGAAAGGAUGUGCAUUUCAAUGUUAGACUUGACUUGCACAAUGUCGGGUUGGCUCCUGUACCGGAGCGCGUCAAAGCCGAGCGCGCAUUGUUCAAGCAUUCUCAGAAAGCAAGAAGAAGACCCUCUCAUGUCUUGCAUGUCUCGCGCGCACGCUCUCCAUCGGCUACGUCGGUUGAGGAAGGACAUGUUCAUCACUCAGGGGGAGACAAUAGCGCAUUCAAUGGGGGAAUGGACCUUCAAACGGUCAUAUCGCCUGCAUCCAUCGUUUCGUCGAAAUCUUCCUUUGGUGCCACCGGUGUUGGAGGACUACCACUGACACCUUCUACGUCUCCUGCGCCUUUGGAUGUGCUCGCAAAGGCGAGGAGUCACUCUCCACCCAAAGUACGUAGAGGGACGAGCAGCAGCAUGCCAGGUGUAUUACCGAGCGAUCUCUUCGAUGAGGUUCGAGGAGGAAACAGUCCCACAACGAGCGAGGUGCACGAAAGCGCCAGCAUGGGAGUGGGAAAAGACCGCCGUCCAUCGUUCCUGCUGCGCGUGCUGGAUCUGGGAUUCAAAACCCGCGCGCGAAGCGCCAGUGGUAUGAGCUCUGGUUCGAACGCGGACAGUCAGGGCAGUGGGUUUGCUGCCUUUGCGAACCCCAAUCUAUUUUCUUCUGAUUCAGCUCAGUCGCAGUCGCCCUCAGCCAUAUCGCAAGAUGCACUACAGAGCCCCAUCCUCAAUCUGAGCUCAACCUUGCGACCACCUGGAUCGCCAAUGAGGUCAAGGCAAAAUGCGGGAAGCUUCGGAAGCGCCAGCGCUCGCAUGAAUGCGCGUCAUUUUCUCGAAGGCUCCAACCUCGGCGCCGUCCAAGAAAAUACUAACUUUGAUGACGGAGACCGUUCGGAUGCGCUCAGCUUGUCUGAUGAAGCGGAAUUUUGUGACGACUUGAUCUGGCCUGACGAUGACUUACAUUUCGACGAAGGGGAAGAUAUUGUCACGCUGUUGCGGAAAGCUGCAGCUGCUGCGCUAACAAUAGUUCAAACGAGGGACUCUGGCCAGGCUACGCCCAGCAAUUCACCUGCAUGGUCCGAAGAUGGAAAAGGACCGACACAGUCAUCAGCUACACAAGGCAUACCUACUUCAGUCCGCCCCCGCGAAUCGGAAGUCGGCGUGCUGACACCUCCGGGCUCGAUCGAGCCCCAGCGCCAGCACAAGAAGGAGAACCGUGCAUUCCGCUUAGCAGAGAUCACAGCGGGAUGCUGGCUGUCUGGCGAUUUCGAUCCGAUGACCGUAGCUAUCGCGUCAGCUUUUGGCCACUCCCUUGGCUGGGAAGGUAUCAUGAAUCUUUGUUACGGCGUCGAGAGCGGUUCCUCGCAGGCGGGCGAUUUCAUCCCUCUCGGUAGGGCUGCUGAGCUUCACGAACAGAGCAAAGUCAACUCCGCGAAUGUCCUUGCUUGGCGCUCGGAUGUCGCUGCCUCUGCGGGCGCCACUCCAGAGACCCGACUGGCAGAUUUGCCUUCGGCGGUAGCUGACGCGUUGGACAAUGAUCUCGAUCGCUUGAAUCCGGAAGCUGAAGUCAUACAAUCGGAAGGCUCUGCAGAGAGCUUGGGCAGUUGGUUGAAGAAGCUUCGAAGUCGUCUACAAGGGGCGACUAGCUUGCCUCACCGUUUGCCUGAAGUUAAAGAAGCUUCAGGGACGGGCAUCGCCACGCAGCGAUCAUGGCAGCACUGGCUUGAGCUUUUCCGCAGCAUUGCGGCUUGGAUAGACGCAUUUGAGGAGACUAGAGUUAAGGCUGGGCUAGCCACCGAAGUCGGACAACAGCAGACAGCAUUGGUGUGGACAGCACCUGAUGGCGAAGGUUACAACUCUCUCUUUGCUCCUUCGCUUCUCAAGGACAUUAGCAAUGUGCAGAACCCUUUCAGGCGUCGACACGGAGUGCCAGAUGGCCUUCCGCCCGGACCAGACGGAGACGAGCUGGCGAGCUAUCGGUGGUCGAAGCAAAACCUGGACGCCAGGCACUUUUCCACUCCAUUGACCCACAUGUGUCUAUCUCUCGAGCACAUCGUCUCCCAGCUUGCCACUCAAGAGUGGCCGCAUCGUUCUGCAUGGGAGCUGGACUAUCUGGAGAUGUGCGUUUUCCACACCCCGAUCAUCGCUCAUCGCUUCCCACCACCAAGCUACAAGGCAGUAAUGGACGAGCAGACGCUCCAGCCAGAGAGCGCAGAAGAACGCGCGCGCGCCAAUGUGUGUCCCAUGCCUUCGCCCAAUGGCGUCUGGAGCAGUGCGUCGUGGCGAAGAUGGCUGAGCCGCGUACAGGAAGGACAGAUUCUCGUUCCGGCUGUCGCUUGGCAAGCUUGGUGGACUCUCAUUGCCAUUUUGAAUGGCGCCGACCGCUCGGGGCGGCCAUACGACUUGCAGGUCAAGAGCUAUGAAGAGCCAUUUUCGGUUCUGACAGACGAGCGCAGUGUCUACCUUUAGCAAAUCUGUGACGUGUCCUUCUUACAUGCACCGCAAUAGAGAAUGCAUUGUCACCUAUCAUCAUACCAGCGCGCAUGUACACAAUCUGAGACAACAUCUGCAAGGAU